AUGAAGUUCCUCCUUACCGCAGCUUUUGCUCUUUCCAUCUCCGCUUUGAAACAAGAGGUCGAAACUGAAGGCAGAGACAUUGAUAGCAUCUUGCUGUCUCUCCAGAGUGAUCCAGAUGGAUUUGUCCACUCAGGGGACGACGGCGUCGUUCGGUCGUACGCUGCAAACUUCACGGUCCUCAGUUUCGCGAAACUGGAUCCAGAGCAAAUCUGGGCCGUGGUUGGGAAAUACCCUCAGGACUAUCAGGAACAACUUGGCCCACGCUGGGCAGAAGUGUAUGAGAAUGUUGAUGGGCGUACAGUUUCCAAUGUCAGUCAAAUUCUCCAUCCGGGGGACGAGAUCCUCCCAGAAGAAGUGAAAUCGACCAGCCCAAACAAUGACGAUUUGGAGGAAAGAGACCUGGACUCGAAUCUCGAUCUCGCAAAACGCCAAGGGAUGCCGCCUGUGUAUGGUCUCAGACAGAUUCAUCGCUCCCAGCAAGAUCUGCGUAUGACUGGCCAGAUGUGCGAGAUGUGGAAGGACACAGUGUCUGAUACAGCCGGGCGGCUGGUGGAAAACUUCGAUCAUUAG